AAUUCCUUUUACAAUUCUCUUUUUUCUCUUUUAACAUUGAAGAACUUAAGUUUUGAGCACCAGAAUCAGAAACAGAGUCUUAAAGUUAAUGCUUUCUUUAAUGUUUGCUUUUCAUUGCGGGGUUCUCUGCUUAGUUAUUUAGCUACUCGUUUCUUUUUGCAAUGAAUACUUGGGUUUCUGUUUGGUCCUGAGUAAAAAAGAACUACAUAUUUUAAGAGUUGGCUGCUGGGUUAUAUGGGUUAACAUUUACGAACGCACGCCCCCUGUUUGCUAAAAUGCCCCAACGAGAAAGAAAAGAAAUAGUUGUCAUGGCAGCUGAAGAGGAAAAUCCCGCUUUGUCAAAUUUACCAGAAGAAUCUUCUGCUGUAGUCCCUGAUGAUGAACUAAUGAUUGAUAAAUCUAGUCAUAUUCAACCAACUCCACCAAUCAUUCCGCCUGUAAUCCCAUCUUCAAUACCAGUUUUGCCUUCUAUUGCUCCAAUACCUAUAGUUCCUCCCCGCCCAUUAGCACCACUCCCCAUCCGACCGCCUGCAACUAGGCCACCUGGAGUGCAAAACGGCGAGAUGAGAACUAGUGACUCAGAUUCUGACCAAGAGGAAUUAAGUCCCACUGGGACUACCCCCGGGUCAACUGGGGGUUAUGAAAUUUCGGAAGCCAGCAGACUAGUGAGAGAACGGCAGCAAAAGGCAAUGCAGGAGUUUAUGAUGAAGAAGCGUGCUGCUGCUUUGGCAGUGCCUACUAAUGAUAUGGCAGUUAGGACUCGUCUUCGCCGGCUUGGUGAGCCUAUAACUCUUUUCGGAGAACGAGAGAUGGAGAGACGGGACAGGUUGAGGAUGCUUAUGGCUAAGUUGGAUUCUGAAGGACAACUGGAGAAGUUGAUGAAAGUUCAUGAGGAAGAGGAGGCUGCAUCAAGUGCAGCAGCAGAAGAUGCCGAGGAAGAAUUUGUUCAGUAUCCAUUCUACACUGAAGGGUCGAAAGACCUCUUGGAUGCUAGAAUUGAUAUUGCUAAAUACUCCAUUUCGAAGGCAGCUUUGCGUCUUCAACGUGCAAGGAGAAAAAGAGAUGACCCAGAUGAAGAUGAAGAUGCAGAGAUUGAUUGGACUCUGAAUCAGGCGGAGAGUUUGGGUCUUAAUUGCAGCGAGCUUGGAGAUGACCGGCCACUCUCUGGCUGUUCCUUCUCUUGUGACGGAGAAAUGCUCGCUACCUGUUCCUUAAGUGGAGUUGCUAAAAUAUGGAGCGUGCCUCAAGUUACAAAGGUUUCUAACUUAAAGGGACACAUGGAACGUGCAACUGAUGUCGCCUUCUCUCCUGUGCACAAUCAUUUGGCAACUGCCUCCGCUGAUCGAACUGCAAGGUUGUGGAACACUGAUGGUUCUCUCCUGAUGAAGUUUGAAGGUCAUCUAGACCGUCUUGCUCGCGUUGCUUUCCAUCCAUCAGGGAAGUACUUGGGCACCACGAGCUUUGAUAAGACGUGGAGACUGUGGGAUAUAGAUUCUGGUGUGGAGCUGCUCCUUCAAGAAGGUCACAGUCGGAGCAUUUAUGGAAUAGCUUUCCAUCAUGAUGGAUCAUUAGCAGCAUCCUGUGGAUUGGAUGCACUAGCACGUGUUUGGGACCUACGUACUGGGAGAAGUAUAAUGGCAUUGGAAGGCCAUGUCAAGCCGCUUCUUGGGAUCAGCUUUUCUCCUAAUGGCUAUCAUUUAGCGACUGGCGGAGAGGAUAAUACUUGCCGGAUAUGGGAUUUAAGGAAGAAAAAAUCAUUGUAUGUCAUACCAGCACACUCAAAUCUUGUAUCACAAGUAAAGUUUGAGCCCCAAGAAGGCUAUUAUCUGGUUACAUCAUCAUAUGACAUGACUGCUAAGGUUUGGUCUGGCCGAGAUUUUAAGCAUGUCAAGACAUUAUCAGCUCACGAAGCCAAAGUUACAUCUCUGGAUAUUAGUGCAGAUGGACGUCUAAUUGCAACUGUCUCACAUGAUCGAACCAUCAAGCUGUGGUCCAGCAGAAGCAAUGAAAAGGAUGCUAUGGAGGUUGAAUGAGUUGGCUUUGGACUCUGUAGCAAACAAGAUAAACUGUUGGCCUAAUCUUAUAUUAUGAAUUGAGCAUUUCUAACUUUGCUUUGAGCAGAAUACCCAACCUCAUGAAACUUUUUUUUUCCUUUCUUUGGGAGAGAAAUGCUUAUUGUAGUGGAAUUUCUCCUGUCAGAGUUCUACUGAAGUCUCCGUUUAUAGUAUGAUGCUAUUCUUAAUAUGUUGAUGAUUUUGUGAGGAAUCCAUACCAUGUUGCAGUUCUCUUAAGCUUGUCCUCGCCGUAAAUGUGACUGAAAUGGGGUUUCUGCUCCCCCUUUUUCACAACUUUUGAACCCAGUAAAUGUGAUUUACAUGUCCAUUUUGGGUUAAGGUUAGGAAGUUUAUUUACUGUCGGUUCUUGUAUUUUGGUCGCUUCUUUUGUAGAAUUUUCGUACUAGUCAAAAUUUUGCAGCAAACAUUUUAUUA